GAUGCGCAUGGCGGUUCCUGCAGAUUCAGCCAUUGAAGAAGAAGAAGAGCAGGGUGGUCCCACACAUCACCCUUCUCCUCCGUCACAUGAGUUUUUUGAUUUAUCAACGACAGUUGAUCCCAGUUAUAUAAUCUCCUUAAUAAGGAAGCUUCUGCCUUUGGGUUCUGCUUCGGAUGACCCAAACCAAGGAACACUUAACCAUAAUAACACAGAAGAAGGGGAUGAUGCACUGUCUGCAUCUAUUUCUAAUGAUGAACACUUUGAGCCACCCAAGAAUAAAUCUGAGAAUAUGGAUGUUGAUGUUUCCGGUGAAGUUUCUCACCGUCGUGGAGAAUAUAAAGAUACUACUGGUGAUGGAUUUGAACACUCUGGUGUCUCAGUUGGAGAGAAUGCCUGGGAGGAAUAUGGUUGCAUUUUGUGGGACCUAGCUGCCAGUAAAACACAUGCAGAACUCAUGGUGGAGAAUCUCGUACUCGAAGUUCUUUUAGCAAAUCUUGUUGUUUCCAAAUCCGUGCGUGCUAAUGAAAUUAGCAUAGGAAUUAUUGGGAACCUUGCCUGUCAUGAAGUUCCAAUGAAGCGUAUAGUUUCGACAAAAGGACUAAUUGAGAUAGUUGUGGACAAAUUAUUUCUGGAUGAUCCUCAAUGCCUAUGUGAAACUUGCCGAUUGUUGACUGUGGGUCUUCAAAGUGGUGAAUCUGUUACGUGGGCUGAGGCAUUGCAGUCUGAACAUAUACUAUGUCAAAUAUUAUGGAUUGUGGAAAAUACUUUGAACCUUCAGCUUAUAGAAAAGAGCAUCGGACUUAUAUUAGCUAUAUUAGAAAGUCAGCAGAAAGUUCUGGAUGCUCUUCUUCCACCUAUGAUGGAGCUUGGUUUGGCAAGUAUAUUGAUCAGUCUCUUGACUUUUGAGAUGAGCAAAUUAAAGAAUGAAAGAAUACCUGAAAGGUACCCAAUUCUUGAUUUAAUUCUUCGUGCAAUUGAAUCCCUAUCUGUCAUAGAUGAUCAUUCUCAGGAAAUUUGUUCAAGUAAAGAGCUUUUUCAACUAAUUUGUGAUCUAGUUAAGUUCCCAGAUAAAGUUGAGGUCGGGAACUGCUGUGUCACUGCUACAGUUCUUAUUGCAAAUAUUUUGUCUGAUGUUGCUGAUCAUGUUUCUGAGAUAUCACAGGAUUUGUGCCUCUUUGCUGGUCUGCUUGACAUAUUCCCUUUUGCUUCCGAUGAUUUGGAAGCAAGAAAUGCACUCUGGAAUGUAAUUGCUAGAAUAAUGGUUAGAGUUCGAGAAACUGAAAUGAGCCCAUCAAGUGUAUAUAACUAUGUUGCAGUUCUUGUCAGAAAAAGUGAUCUGAUUGAAGAUGAACUUCUCAACCAACAAUUAGGCUCCACAGCUGAUGCUCGAAAUACAUCCCUCAGGAGGAUAAUCAGCAUUCUGAAUCAGUGGACCGCUGCAAAGGAGAGUGCUGAGAAUAAUGUGAAUGCUGAAGUUCUAGUCAAUGAGACAGACGUAAAAAGAUUGUUGGAUUGCUGUCAUAAAUUCUCCAAGUAGAAUUACUUUAUCUUGUAAAUUACAGCUGUCCAGACAAUAUUUGAAUGUUCUGUACCGACAAAUGCUGUUUUGUGCUUGCUUGUUCUGCACCGACAAUAUUGUAUAUGGAUAUCAAUAUUGACUUUGCCCUCUCUUACCUCUCAGAAGCUAUUGGUGGUGAGAGAAAUUUUGUACCUGGCUUUUUGGAAUGUGUUAAUUGCU